AUGGCAUCAGACUCUCACUCAUGGCUUGACAGAGUUCAUGAAAAUCCUCCUAAUCCAUGCCUACAAAGUAAUACUGGACCCUCCAACUUUUCGCAUCCUCUAGGUCCACUCAAUAUGGCAAAGCAGCCCUCAGUGGGUCAGUAUCCUCAAAUCAAUAGUCUCCAGAAUCAAAGUACUAUACAUGCUGCAAACUCAGUUAAAGCGACAUCAGAUUUACGCUUUAAAGAAUUCGGGAAGCCACUAGGGGCUAUCCAGAUCGUGAUUGGUCUGAUGCACUUGGGCUUGGGGAUUAUUCUGAGUCUUCUUUCUGUAGACAUUGAUGUCCUCUAUUCUGGUUAUGCCACUUUGUCCUUUAAGAGUGGAUACCCUUUCUGGGGAGCCAUCGGGUACAUAUGUUCUGGAUCUUUCUCCAUAUUAGCAGCAAGCAGUCCUACACCUUAUUUGGUAAAAAGCACCCUAGGAAUGAACAUUGCCAGUGCCAUUUGUGCUAUAGUUGGCAUCAUUCUGUUGCUGCUAGAUAUGACUCUCAAUGGUAGAAUAAUCAAUCAAAACUACUGGGCAAAGGUUUCUGGGCAAGGGAUUUCAACUAUGCUGGUAAUCUUCUCUCUCUUAGAAUUAGGCAUCAACGGUAAGACUUCAGGUUUCAUCAUGGAAAUGCUCAUGAAUAAGGAUUUGCCAGUUAUGGUUAUGCUGAAUACAUAUGCAGCCAAUUCCUACAUUCCUGAUACGUCAACAGGGGCAAUUGGGUGGCACAGUAGAUAG